AUGCGACAUGCUCUCGGCCAUUACGACAUUAGCAUGCGGGAUAACCUUGGAGUAACAGUGGACAAUAUGAACUCCCCAUCUCCACCAGAACUUCUCCCACCUAUACAUCUGUAUGCACCCUGGCUGUUUGAGUGUCUGACCCUGUCCAACAAGUACAAACGUGGCAAGUUGUUGGCGUACCAGCUCAUGUGUCAGAUGGUGGUGCAGCGCCACCCUGUAUCAUUGCCCUCUGAGCUUGUAUCCCAGUUCUAUCUGGCUCUCCAUCAGGGCCUCACCUCCAAUGACCAGGACAUCAUCAAUGUAUUGGUUCGUAAUGCUGGAGCCCGAUUUUUCUCCAUGCCUCUAUUAGGGUCAACUCUGCUUGUUGGCAACUUUAUCCAUGCAGCCAGUGCAGUACUAUCGGCUGUGGACAUCACAGAGACUCCACGGACUGAGGCUGUGUCCGUUUUAGGAGCUCUUCUGUGUUUUCCAAACCAUCUACAAGAGGUUCAGGUAUUGCAGCAUGCUGAUCUUGCUGUUAAAUGUUUACACCUGAACGAGUUUAAGGAACAAGUCAUCAACACACUUCUGCGGACCGGGAAGAAAGAGCCAGCUGGACUGGCCCGAUGUGUUGCUGUCAGUACUAUAGGUAUAUUUCUGUAUGAGGAACUUAGCCACGGAACACUACACCCCAAACUCAACGAGGCUGUAACUGUCCUGCUUGGUGCUCUCAGGUGUGUAAAUCGGAUGGUUUCCAAGCUUGCAUCAGACAUGUUGUGUAUGCUGUGUGACCACUCCGACAAACUUCUCAGCUAUGAUCCGGCUUUGCCUAAACGUAUUAUAGAGGUCAUAGCAGCUACAGUAUCAACACUCAUACCAGUAUCAAAAGGAACAAACUCAGAGGAGGAGAAAAAGCUUAUCAUGUCAAUGAUGUUCUGCAUGGCGGAGUGGUGUUUGCGGAUGCCAAUUCACCUGCUGCUCGAGACUACAGAUACUGACAAGGGCUGCGUUUACAAAGUCUUUGAGGUACUGAACACAGCAGUGCGGGGCCAUACACAGGAGUCACUACUGCAGGCCAGACAACUCCUCGCUGGUAUGAUCCAGGAUUCUGACUUUGAAUACCUCAGGGAUAUGUCAGGCUUCCUUCGUAAGGCAAGCACAGAUUCCCUCAGCUCUCAAACAGGAGUCUACUCUGGAGAACAAAACCAGGACAAAAAUGCCAGCAUGGAGCCUGUGGAACUAGCUGCUAGAACGUUGAUUGGACACCUCGUGAACCAUCUGUGCCAUUUCCCAAUGGGGGCAGGAGCAGCACGACUCAAUAGCAACAUACAGGAACACCAUGACAAUGAGCAGUGCGAGAUAGACGACCUUAAACAGGAAAUCUUCUUUGCCUCAAACAUUCAGUUUUUUGUGCUGAAUCAGAAAACAUUGAUAUCCUUCAUAGAGUUGCCUGCACAGUUGGAUGUGCCAGGUGGAGGAGUGACCGCUGGAUUGACCACGGCCAGGAGUGUAGGACGUGUGUUACUGAGAGAUCUGACCGGGAAGUAUACAUGGGAGAGUUCUGUACUCUAUGCCCCACCCUGGUGUCAACAGGGCUCAUCCACACACAAUGCGAAAGUACUAUUGGAUUUACUGAAUGAUGGAAGCUUGGAGCCUCUCAUUAUUCAGGAAGACCUAGAGUCUCUGCCUCUACCAACCAGCACAACAGUGGAACGCCUUGUCAAUGAGAUUCCUCACUACAGUUCUACAUCUGCUGGUCAGGACAACCUCAAUGAUAUGUUGAGAUACAUUGGUUGUGCCAGUCCUGAAUGUCUCCUCAUCCCUGGUGUUGCCCUUAACUUGGAAGCACCAGCUCCCGAGGGAUUCAGCGAGGAUGCUGAGGCUAAUAUGACCCAGAUGGUGAUCAAACAAAAGGAGGCAGAACUCAAUUUUUACAAUCAGCACAAACGUGACACUAGACGAAAGGAAACAUUAAUUCACAUGCUGGCCAAGUCCCAGAUGCCCACCGAAAUACAGGACCCAGUGUCGCCAUUCCAGAUCUGUCGUAUGUUGGUCGACCAGCUGGGCUUACUGGCAUGGGAGAAGAGGUGCCAUUUUGAUUUGUUGAAAAAGAGUGACAAAUUACUACGGGAGAUGAAGCACUUAGAUAAUCAAAAAUGCCGAGAGACCCAUAAGUUUGCAGUGAUCUACGUAGCGGAAGGUCAGGAGGAUAAAAACUCCAUUCUUUCCAAUUCGGGUGGCAGCAAAGCAUUUGAGGAGUUUGUUUCUGGUCUUGGCUGGGAGAUUGAGUUGGAGACACACCAGGGCUUUAUUGGUGGUCUGCAGCAGAACAGGACAACAGGAGACACAGCUCCUUACUAUGCCACCUCCUUGUGUGAGUGUAUAUUUCAUGUGUCCACACGCAUGCCAUCAGGGACGGAUGAUGCCAGGCACAUAAAGAUGCGCCAUCUUGGAAAUGAUGAGGUACACAUUGUAUGGUCAGAACACUCGAGAGACUACAGGCGUGGAAUCAUACCCACUGAGUUUGGUGAUGUCCUCAUCAUUAUUUACCCUCUCUCUAAUGGGCUCUAUAGAGUCCAGAUUAAUAAGAAACCUGAAAUACCUUUCUUUGGUCCCAUCUUUGAUGGUGCAAUAUUGGAUCGUAAAGUGUUACCUGGUCUAGUCCGAGCUACAGCAAUCAAUGCCAGUCGUGUCAAACGUAGUCUCAUUCCCUUCUACCACUCCUUUUAUGAAGAACGUGCCAAAAGUUUUAACAUGGUGAUCCAGCACCACAUAGAUCUAACCAUGUUUGAGGACUUCUCAGCUAGUGUCUUCUCACCUGUGCUGCCUCCAAACUCCACUAUUUCAGACCAGAGCCUUGAUCUGCCCCCCAGUGCUAGUUCUAACUCUCUGGAGCUGACCCAACAGGCUGGACCAGAGCAGGUGUCGCCACCUAGUGGUCGCCAGAGCAGAGGUAGUGACUCUGGAACAAUAUUUGAAAACAACAUGAUCACACGGACGGCAAGACGGCUGUCCCUAAAGGGUCGCAAGUCAUCAUCAUCUAAGUCAUCAAGUGUAACGACGCCACCAGAGAGUCCAAACAUGCCGAAGAACAAGAAAAACUGACGAUGGGAGACCUUAGGAAUACUCUUAAUAACUACUGUGAUAGUGUCUUAUUUAUUAUUAUUUUGUGGAAUUUACUGGUCAGUGUUUGACCAAAUGAACCUAAUGGUCAUUCUUUUAAAGACUGGUCAAGUUCUUGACCAAAAGACUAUGAUUAUGUGAUGGUAGAAGAUUGGUCAGUUUUGAUAGAAGGAACUUAUAGUCAGUUGUAAGAAAACACUGGACAAUCAUUAAAGCUACUGGUCACUCAUAAGAACUUUGUAAUAGUUGAGCAUUAUGUGACAUGUUACGCUAUGAAUCUUAAGUUCAGUAGUCCAAAAUAUUAGUUUUGAAUUGUUUUGUGAACAGUCAUAAGGAAUUGUUAUAUAAGAUACAUAGUAUGCAGUUACUUAGAAAGCUUUACAUGUGUAAUGAGAUAUAUGCACUGCUGUACAGUAUAGAUACAGACAGUAGAAUGGAUGUAGGUUUAUUGUUUAUACUUUGUACCUAGAAUACAGGCUAUAUAACAAAAGGGAUAGAAAUUUAUUGUACAAACAUCCCUGAUUUUAUAUAGUAUUUAUAAGCUGGUGGAGAAACUGACUGUUGUAGCCUUAUAGUAUUGAUUCACACUCUUAUAUAUUACAUAGACUUGUAUCCAACACACAAGGGAGAUCACUCUGCUGCUUGAGUAUUGUGUAUUGAACAAAAUUUCUGUGUCUUUGGCUGGUCCAAGAGCACAAGUUACACCCACAGUGACCUUGCCAGUGCACACUGACUAACAUUUGAACUUUGUUGUACUGGUCCAUUAAAGAUGAGGCUUUUGUAAUUGGCCAUUAAUUUGUAUGCAGUGGAAUCUUGUUUGUAGCUGAGGUAAAAGAAUGAACACUGACAAUUUUCAAAUCAGUUCCAUGUCAUAAUUAGGAGAAAUAUGACUGUUGUACAUUUUUUAACAAUAACCCAAGUAUAGAAGUGUAAGAGGAUCAGAUUGGCAGACAUAUUUUUUGAGCUGCAGUGUUAAUCUCAGAUAGGUUACAUGUUUUGAGAUGAUAAAGUUGAAAAAAGUAUCUAAGUUUGAAAAAAAAAUAACAAUGCCUGUCUCUUGGACCAGUUGUUAUAAUUAAUUGUAUGAAAUCAAUAUUUCUAGAGUAAAGAAUAGAAGUGACAUAGGUUAUACCUUGUAACAUAAAUGAUAAUGUCUGCAUGAAAUAAAAUGUUGUUUUGUGUAAUGUAAUAUAUGUAUGAUCUUAGUGCUGGGACAGUUCACUGUGAUUCAGGAAUUCAAAUCAAACAAACUUGUGUAACACUUAACUGUUAUAAAUAAGUUUGGAAUUUAUUUGGGACUCAUUAUGUGGAAAUGUUUGAUUUCUAAUGUCAGGUCUAUAGUAAAUGUAUAUACUGAUGCAUAUUUACUACUGCAAUAGUUGUCUUGUAUGUUGCACAGUUUUUGCACUCCUGUCUGAAGUGCUUGUAAGCUGAUGGUGUGGUGAAGUCUGUUCAAAAAUCAACUUCUCAAUAACCAGCAGACCUAGAGUCAUGAUAUUUGGCUGGUAGGUUCCUGGAAUGACACUCCAAACAGUUUGAGAAAAAACAUUUUCCUUGACCUGUUGUCAAGUACACAGGGGUCAAAAUUUCUGAAAACCUUGUGAAAGACACCUUGUGGGAAACUGAAAAUUCAAGAAGCAGGAUUUUUGCUGGAAAAGUGCAAUUUAUUAAUAGUCUGAGUCAUAACUGUGGUGUAUAUGUUAAUGCAUUGGUGAUGAACAAUAAUUGUGUUUGUGAUGAACAUUGAUUACAGAUUCUUGGGGUCUCCUAUUUGCUUUUGUGAAUACGUUGCAGAGGGUAGGAAAAUUAAGAUUUUUCUUGUAACUCAAAUGAUGUUUUGAUAUAUUAAGAUUUGAAUGAUUUUCUUAUGUUAGGAAUGGUUGAUGGAACUGGGACCAGUAAGGAAAGGAAAUGUAAAGUAUGAAGUCAUUGAAAACUAUAUUUAGACUGCUGACACCAAAAAAAAAUUAAAAAUGGUGAAAGUUGUAUACAACAUUCCGAUCACAAAUCUGAAACUGCUAGAAUGUACAAGGAAAGUACCAAUCUCGGUAUAAAAUUGGUUUUCAGGCAGGCAUGGAUCAUAUGAUUAAGGAGAGAAAGAUUGACUGAAAAAGUAUCUUUGAUUCAGCUUAGUAUAAAGUAUGAACACACCAGUAUGGCAUUGAAGGAGCACAGUAUAUUGUCCCAGCACUGUGUGUAGUUUGUGCCAAAAGAGAUUAUGUGUGACAUCAUAAAAUAUUGCCUACAGUAUGUAACAUUCACCACUUUUACAUGAGUAAGGUACUUAACUAGUGAGUUAAUUAGAUCACUACACAUAUUUGUUUGAUGACAUAUGAGGUUCUCAGGAAUAUUUGUGUACUAGAAGGUUGGUAAAAUUAGAACAAUUGAUGUGGUUAAAUGAACUAAUACUGACCAUAUGUUCAAAAUUGACAACAGAUCAUGUAAUUAUUGACAAAAGAAGUUUUCACUUGAUAAUAUAUUCUUUAACUUUACAUUGCAUGUUAAUAAUCUUGAAAGCUUUUUUCGUUUUUUUGAAAAUAUUGUGCUUCAUUUGUUGAUUGUGAGUUCAGAUAUGGAUACAAAUUAUUCAAAUGUUACCUUGACCAAAACAUGAUUUUACACUUUCAUUUUUUUAUGUCAUAUUAUGAAUAGCAAAAUAUUGUGCAGUAGUAGUCAUUAUUAAUUUAUUUCAGAAAUGAUAAAUGUUUUGAAAAAAGUGCCAUGCAUACGGUUAAAUUUCUAUUGUUAAAUGGUUUAAAGAUGUAUGCUACCUUGAAGAUGAAGGGUAUCUCCAGAAAAGAGAGUUCUUCACUAAGAGAUAUGUAAAUUAUCUUUACAUGACAGGGGAAUGUAACUUAACUUAAUUUGAUACACUUGUGAACAGUUCACAUCAUUGCAGUAAAUCAUAAUUUUAAAAGACUUGAAAAAAUACCAAGAAAGAUAACUCAUACAUGUAGUGAAUGUGCUUGUAUUUUUAAUGUGUAACUGAUGCCAGUAUAUUUAUGCAUAUGAUAUUUAUUUUUUUUCAACUACGCAUUGUAGACAAUGUCUCUUAAAAAGAGGAGAUUCAAAUGUAAGGGUUGUAUUUCUUUUACAAAAUGUUGUAUUGGGCAUUGAUACAUAAUGAAUAAGAAAAUUCUUGUAAGGCGUUUAAAUGUCCUUCAGUUUUAACUGCCGCAGAAGAUUCAAUUUUUAUCAAAUGAGGAUUAAAUUUACCAGGCAAGAUUAAAGUUGGGUUUUAGGGGGACUUACAGAUAACUUUUCCAUAUUAUCAUAACCGUUUUAUCUUUGUUUUGUUCUCAUCUGAGAUAUAUUAUGGUGUCCAAAACCAAAGUUGUUGAGGACCAGCUAAUAAUGGCCUGGUUACUAAACGUGGUAUGAAUCAUACCACAUGUAGCUUGAAAUGCUGAGACGACAAUCAAAUAUUUAUAGAUAUAUAUAUAUGAAUACAUCUGAAAAAUCCAUCACUCAAGUGUUCAUGGUGUUACACACACAAAGAAUUUUUAGUCUUAAUUUGCUCAGGUAUUGCUGCUAUGUCAGAUGUCAGUAAAAUUUGACCCGAACACUGAAUUUUUUGUAUUCAUGUAAUACAGGUAAAUACCAGAAAUCAUUGAGUGCAGGUGUACUCUGUAAAGCAAAAGCUGUGAACAACUUUGUGUUAGUAUCUGCAUAAAAUGUCAAAAUAUGGAACACCUUACAUAAUUAUAUAUAUAAAGUGAACAACUGUUUAGUGGAAAUUUUUGUUCAAAUGAGGUCAUCACAAUGGUGGAUUUAAUCAUUUGUCAUUUCUCCAUAAAUAAUCGGACAAUACGUUCUGAAACUUUAUUUUGCUGUAAACUUGAAUUUGUCAUUGGAUUUAUUUAAGUAAUGAAAAAGCAUUUUGGUGAUUUGUAAUUCUUAACAUUUUCAAAGAUUUUUUUUUGAAACACAAAAUUUUCAUUUUUGAGCAAAAAUUUCACACAUGUUUUACAGUGUUUUCAAUACUUUUUGGUAAUUUAUAAUAUAUUUACCCUCUGAAGUGCUUUUAACUAUACCACAGUUUCAUGAAUGUUUACAGGAAAACAUUACAGUAUUUAAGAAAACAUUCUUCAUUAAGAUUUACUCUGAAUCUCAAUAAUUGUUUUCUUUUGACAAGCAUUAGUUAUGAAAUGUCCCUAAAACUGGGGCCUAAUAUAGGGAGAUGAUAUAACAAUAUGCAUUAAAGUAUUUACACAAAUAAACCUACAAUGUCAUAAGUAAAAUUUGGAAAACUACUCAGGUUGAUUGAAAAGUAGAUGGCGAUUCUGUGCUACCAAACUUAGACAAUGGGAUUUGUGCAAUUUUUCUACUGAUUUUAAUACUUGAUAUUGCAAAAACUACUUAUUUUUUAUUUGAUUUUGUCUGCAUCCAGUAACUCUCCAUGUAUAGCCUUCUGUCAGGAGAAUGACUCAUUUCAUAUUAAUACUUUGAAAAAUUUGUAAGCAAAUUAUUCCAUCAAUCUCCAUAUACCAAAUAUGGCUUUAAUUCAAUGAUACAUUUUCUAAACUGUUUUGUACCUAAUUAGUAUGGACUGGCUGGCUAAAAUGAUCAAAAUAGUAAUUUAUUGUCUAGAUAUUCAUAUUUCAUGUUCUUUGUCUUCGUCAUUCGUUUUGAUAUUUCAAUAUGUACAGUUUCAACAUUGGAAAUAAUGAAAAUAAAACUGUAAUGGCUAAUUUAAGCAAAUUAGGAUUUUGAAUCCCUUAUGGUUAUUUAUCGGGUUCCAGCUGGUCCAAGAUUUAAAGUGUCAGGUUCCAGCUGGUCCAAGAUUUAAAGUGUCAGGUUCCAGCUGGUCCAAGUUUUAAAGUGUCAGGUUCCAGCUGGUCCAAGAUUUAAAGUGUCAGGUUCCAGCUGGUCCAAGAUUUAAAGUGUCAGGUUCCAGCUGGUCCAAGGGUUAAAUUGUCAGGUUCCAGCCUGUCCCUAAGGUUAAAUUGACAGGUUCUACCUGGUCCAUGAGUUCAAUUAUCUGGUUCCUACUGGUCCAAGGGUUAAAUUGUUAGGUUCUAGCUGGUCCCUAAGGUCAAACUCUCAGUUAACAGCUAGUCAUUAGGGGGGAAAAAUCAGGUCCUAGCUGGUCUCGAGGGUCAAAUUGUCAAAUAACUGCUGGUCCCUACGCUUAGAUUGUCUGGUUCCAUUUGGUCCCUUGGGUUAAAUUUUGAGGCUGAAUAUAAAUCAUAGGGUUAAAUUGAAAUGUUUCAGCUGCGUUUCAGGUGCAGCCAGCUGGAUCGUAGGGUUAAAUUAUCAGAUACAAGCUCAUCUCUUGGGUCCCUACAAAAGGUUGAAUUGUUAAUUAUCAGGUGGUCCCUAGAUAUAUAAUGUCUGGUUCUAGUUUGGCUUAGGGUUAAGUUGUCAGGUCUUAUAUGAUCCCUAGGAUUGGUUUUUCGGCUUUCAGCCUAUCUCUUGGGUUCAAUUUUAAAGUUCAAGAUGGUCCCCUGGGUUGUAUUGUUCCUACUAGGUCUCUAGAGUUAAAUCUGUUCCCAGCUGGUUGCUGGUUGUCAGGUACAUAAAAUGUACAAGGUCGUUCCCCUAGGGGUCAAAUAACUUGUACCUGCUGAUCCUUAUCGUUCAGCAGUCAGGUACCAGAUGGUCCCUAGGGUUAAAUUUCCUGGUUCUAGCAGGACCCAAGUGUUGAAUUUUGUGCUAUCAGGAACCAACUGGGUCUGAGGAUCAAAUAUUCCUAACCGGUGGUCAACGAUGGAGAUCAGGUAUGAAACAAAACUACUGUGGGAUACCAGCAGGGAUGACAAUAAUACAAUAGUGUUACAUUUGUAAGAAUGAACUUAUUAUGUGGAGGGACCAAAAGUUGGUUUCAAACUUUAACUUUAUGUAUUACUAAUCAAUGGACCUGACUCUAUCAUAUUUACACAUCAUGAUGUUGGUUAAUAUUACCUCAGGUUGGAUCUGGAAAAAACCUCCGGCGAGAUAUUGUUUAGCCUUGGGUAAGAUAUUGUUUAAGAUUCUGAUUGCUAGAAAAUAACAGUAAGUCAUUUCGUACGUGUGGGUAAACAUGCUGUUUCACUUGAGGAGAAUACAUAUUAUCAUUGAUAGGUUGGUAGGUGUAUAUAACCUCAUCACCUGUCUAGAGCCGGUCACAUGUAAUGGAUAUUGUAACUAAUAAUUUGCUAGUCCACUUCAGGGAUUAGACUUGUAAUCAAACUCAAAUUAUAGUAAAAAAUGAAAGUAAA